GCCCACUCUAUUAAACUGGAUGAUAAAAAUGCGUUUGCAAUGUUACCAUUUUCCGGUGAGGCCCAUGUUAACAUUCAUAUUGAAAAAGUCGAAAAGGCAACGUCGCUGAAUAUCUUCCCGACUCGUAGGAUGUCUGGCCUUGAAGAAAUCAGUGGUGCACAUAUGUUUCUAUGAAAGGGUUGAUACCUGGUGUAAGGUGUUUUUCUUGUAGUCUUUUUUUGAGUUGUGGAUCAUAUUUAAGAAAAAUAUCUCUCAAUAUCCAAGUAUUCUUGUGUGUUGGAGAAUUUAGCAGGAGAAGACAGUUACUCUCCAUAGAAGAAGCUUGGAACUUGCCCAUAUCAGCUGAGAUGUCAUCCAGGCAACAGCAAAAUCGCAACGGCAGUUCGCAGACAUUCCAGAAAACCUACCCCGCAUCUACCCCUCAAGGUCCUCCACCACCAUACCCAUCUCCAAAUGGUGGCAGUACCACCAAACGGUUCAAGACAGAGCCUGACAAGCUGCCAACUCAACCUUCAUUUACGAUGGCUCCCCAGCAACUCCAGUUGUUGCAAUACUUCCAACAGAAUGUCAAUAACCUGACGCCUUCGCAACAGAAUCUGAUGCAGCAUCUGCAGAAUCAGUACCGCUUGAUGCAGCAGCAAGCGAGGUCGCAGAGACCUCAACCCCAGGCAGCACCCGGUACGAGGUCUGGAACUACUCCUCCAGCUUACACAAACUUCAGUCAAAAUGGAUCGCCCUUAAAUACCCCAACAGGGACUGGGGAUAAACUCGUACAGCCUAGUCCUGUCGUGAACCCCAGAGAUUUUUUGUCUCCUGGUCAGCAUUCUGCCGAUAUCACAGCUGAUAAUUUGGAAGAGGACCUCAAAGAUUUGCUGUCUCAAAAGGAUCUGGCAGCCACUUUGGCCGAAGAUUUGCUGAAGCAUUUUGGCUCUGAAGGGGCUGAUGUUAAGGAAGAAACCGAUUGUUCUAAUUCCAAUGGCAAUAAUUCUUCACAGAAUACAAUUUCCUCAGGAUCAUUUUCGCCUUUAAAUAUCGAUUCUAAAACUGAAAUGCCGCCCGAAACAAGAAGGAAAGUAAAAUCUCCAACUCAGGAGAGUAUAUUGACUGUAAAAAAUGAACCACCUUGGGAUUUCGAAUCAUCUGUUGAGAAGAAAGCCAAAAUCGAAUAUAAUAUCGAUAUGGAUGCUCAGACGAUUCUAGGAUUAUGCAAGAAUGAAGCAGUAAACGGAGACAUAACGAGUAUCCUGCUUUCUGAUUCAUCACCGCCGCCAACACCCCCUGAUCCCCCAGCAAUAAAGUUGACUCAUCAACAGUUACUACCGCCCACACCUUCUGUGUAUCUUGACAACAAAAAACACGCCUUCAGUCCACAACUUCAGGAAUUCUGCCUGAAACAUCCCAUUGCUGUCGUAAGAGGUUUGGCAUCAGCCUUAAAGCUAGACCUAGGACUUUUCUCGACGAAAACGCUGGUGGAAGCAAAUCCAGAUCAUAGUGUCGAAGUGAGAACCCAGAUUCAACAGCCUUCUGACGAAAAUUGGGAUCCUCAGACAGGCAAAAAAGUUUGGGCAUGCAUCUCGCACAGAUCACAUACGACUAUAGCUCGGUACGCGCAGUACCAGGCAUCGAGCUUCAAAGAAAGCUUGAGGGAGGAACGCGAAAAAGCAGCUGGUGGACUUUCAGAUUCUGAUUCUAAGGAUUCUGUGCACAACAUAACUGGGAGUGGAGGGAAUGUUGGUGGUGGAGGUGGUAAAAGGAGGAAACUGAAUCUGAACGUGCCACCUGUCAAUCCCAAAAAUGGAAAAGAGCACAAGACUCUGAAAUUUGGAACAAACGUAGAUCUGUCAGAUGAACGGAAAUGGAGGCCGCAGUUGCAAGAACUUAUGAAAUUACCAGCCUUUGCAAGAGUUGUCUCAGCCGCUAAUAUGUUGUCCCAUGUUGGUCAUGUAAUUUUAGGGAUGAAUACUGUUCAACUUUACAUGAAGGUUCCAGGCAGUAGGACCCCAGGCCAUCAGGAAAACAAUAAUUUUUGCUCAAUCAACAUCAACAUUGGCCCCGGUGAUUGUGAGUGGUUUGCAGUACCUGAUGCAUACUGGGGUGCCAUCUCGCACCUUUGCGAGAAAAAUCAAAUCAACUACUUGCAUGGUUCUUGGUGGCCUGUACUCGAGGAUCUCUAUAAUGCUAACAUACCAGUGUAUAGAUUCCUUCAAAGGCCUGGAGACUUGGUAUGGGUCAACGCAGGAUGCGUGCACUGGGUCCAAGCAGUUGGAUGGUGUAACAAUAUUGCGUGGAACGUCGGGCCUUUGACGGCUCGACAAUAUUCACUGGCAAUCGAUAGAUAUGAGUGGAACAAGUUGCAGAGUUUCAAGUCAAUUGUGCCGAUGCUUCAUCUGUCUUGGAACUUGGCACGAAACAUCAAAGUCUCAGACAAGAAGCUUUUUGAAUUGAUCAAAAAUUGCUUAUUGAAGACUCUGAUCAAAUGCUGUCGGAUCCUGGAAUUCGUAAAACAGAAAGGCGUUGAGGUAAAGUUCCAUGGACGAGGAAAAAAUGAAGCAUCACAUUAUUGUGGACAAUGCGAGAUCGAGGUAUUCAACAUCCUGUUCAUACGGGAGCAAGAGAAGCGCCAUGUAGUUCACUGCCUGGAUUGUGCUCGUAAACAGUCUAUAAACCUCGACGGGUUCGUUUGCCUUGAAGAGUAUAAAAUGCAAGAGCUUUGUGACGUGUACAACAACUUCGUAUUGUACAGUAAUGUGAACACGCCUCCUGAUCAAUUUAGACUUGUUUAAAAUCUCAAAGUUCGAUUUUUUAAUUUUGAGGCAACUGAAGUAGAUGCCGAUCGACAUUUAUGUUUUUAUACGGGAGUUCUUCAAUACUCACGCGUAAUUCUCAAGGAUUUGUGGUGGUAUAAGGAACUAAAUCAUUUUAUGAAUCCGAUUAUUGUGAUUUUUUUUUUAUUUUUGUUGUAAUUUUCCUGUCGUUUCGCGGCCAUUAUAUUUUUGAAAGAAAAUAAUUGAUGAAUCGAGAAUUCAGUAGUGUUCUUUAGUUGUCUAUUAUUAUAAUUAGCAUCAUACUUCCCAUUGCUAGAAAGUGACGUUGUAAGACUCUUAACAUAUCAUGAAGUGGUAAUUUUAUAAUAGAUGUAUCAUUUUUAAAUGAAUUUAGAGUAUCUAGAUGCGUCUUAGUGCUGAAAAAUUGACGUAUAGUUUUUCAAUUUUCUCGAAAAAAAAUGCGUGAAUAUUUCAGGCUGUAAUUGUAAAUUUGAGGAAGCUAUUUUCGCUUUUUAUUCAUCAUCUUGCUGCUAAUAGGUGUGAUGGACAAAGCACUUGUGAUUCCCAUUUUUUGCUGUAAUUACGCUGACUUUCUACAUAUUCAUUAUUUAUUUAUUUAUUUUGUUACCUACUUAUAUUUAUUCAUUUAUUUAUUAGAUUCAAUUGUAUUUUAUGUAAUUCUUAAUCACUAUUUUUACACACCUAUACACGCUGUUAGAGUAAUUUUACAGUAUUUUAUAUGGGAAUGAUUUUUGCUCAAGGAAUAUCGAUUUGUCAAUUUGGCUUUUUUUUAAUUCUUCACAAUAGUAUACGGUAGGGUGUCUCAAUAAGAAGCAAAAACUUAAAAAAUAUACACUAUUUCUAAUCCUAAUUGUAACAGAUGAAAAAAUCAACAAAUUUGAGGAUCUUAUAUAUUGGUAUUAAAGAAAUACUGAAAUAUUAAACCAUAUCUGCCUAUGACAGAAUUGUCUUUCAUGUAUAAGACCAUCUAUUUUUUGCUAUUUCAAUUAGGAAUCUAAAUAGUUUAUUUGUAUUUUAUCCUUGAAUGGAUGGAAAAAUCAGUUCAAUGUGCUAGUACAGAUUAUGUAAUUCUUUCUCUAAUACCAACUGUUUUAACUAUUCUACGCUGUGAUAUAUUUCGUUUAAUUAUAUUUUAUGUUUGUAGAUAUUCGUGAAUCUGAAACUACAAGCGCAUGUACUGAGAAUUCUAUCCAUAUUUGUUUAAUAUUGUUGUAUUUUUUUUAAAAAUAUCCCAACAUCAAUGAAACGAAAUGAUUCGACGCGAUUAUAUAUUUUAUUUCGUAAUAGUCAUAGUUGCGAUCAUUGCAAGACAUCUUUUGCAUAAGUACCGAAAUCUAUUUCAGUUGGCUCAUAUUCAGUUGUCAGUAUUUGCUAAUAUCUAUUGUCAUGUUUCCAACUUGAACUCCUAACUUUAUAGUAUGUACAGUUUUACCCUAAGAGCCUGAAGCGUGUAUCCCUCACCGGUUUUUGUGGGCUAAAUAAAACAUUGCAGUUAAGAAUAACUUUCCCAAAGUCUGAAUUGUGACAAUAGAUAUUCACACAUAUGGAAAAAAAUUGAUAGCUAGGACGAGUCAGCCUCCACUGCCACAUGUAACUGAUGUACAACGUAAUAUUAAAAUGCUUGUUAAAUAGCUUAAAGUGUCGUGAUAAAUUUAUUUCUUAUUAUGUACAUAUUGUUUUGUUCCAUGGUUCGUAUCGAUUAGAUGGAUAGGCUUACUUUAGCACGGGCGUUAAAUGCUACAUCUAAGUGGUUUAUAAAUUUAUAUGAUGGACUGUACUUUCCAGAAUCAAUAACUGGCCAUGUACACAGUUCACUCGCGAGACUUGAAAAAUGAAAGUGAACACAAUUAUAUGUAAAUAUAUUAUUUUUUGUUAAUCAGCAAGCGCACGUUGAUGAUUUACACAAGAUAACAGGUCAUUCUAAAUGACGUCAGAGAAAAGUUUUUGUGUGUACAUAUAGGCUGAUUCAAAAGUCUUAAAAUCGCAAGAUAUUCCGGAAUAUGCAACGGCUAUUUAGUGGCUUGUUUGUUUGUUUAUUUUAGCCAGGUAGAUACAUGGCACGUCAAAAGUAGAAAAUAGGUAUAGAUGAUGAAUAUAGUUUAAUUUAUAGAUGAACAACAAUUGUACACACGUACAAAUUUCAAUACUUUAAACGUCCAACAAUAAAAACACAUUGAAUUUGACGUUGAUCAUGACCUUUAAGGUCAAAUCAAAGUCAAGGCAGUGUUUUUGAAUGGACCUUAUACUUCUGACUCUGCAAAAGGGUAGAGCCGAAAAUUUUACGUUCAGGUGUGAACCUGGAUAAAAAAAUUAGCUUGACCUUGACGUUCUGGUCUUGAAGACGAAUCAGUGCGAAUUCCAAAGUCAGGGGCAACAUGACCUUGAGAGUUGUAUCAAGGUAAUCACAAUUUUCACAAAAUUUCCGCUAUAUUUCCAUCUUGAAAAGUGCAGGGUACUAGAAACAAGUCUUCGAGAGCAUGGUCAAUAUCAGUUUUAAUGUCACCAUUGAGAAGCAAAAAAAAUUGAAAUUGCGCUGACCUUGACCAGGACGUUCAAGAUUAAAUUAGUCUUCCCGCAGGGCCAUGUCUAAACGUCUAAUUUUCCCAUCUAUUCAUUUAAAUAUCAAAUUCAAGGUCAUCCCUGAAUAGCAAGGUAAAAAUCCUAAAUGUCUAAUACUUUACUUUCACUGUAUGCGGGUUUUCUUUUGUAAUAAUGUCGUGAAUCAUCUGGAAACAUUAUACUCGUAUAUUUUUACGCCUGGUCGUUCUUUCACGCGCACAAGCGCCUGUCUCAAAUUUUUUCAUGCGCGAAAAUCGUGUGUAUGGUCAGCUAAUGUCAUAACUUCAACACUGACAUGACGUUUUGGCCACAAUGGUAGCCAAACAUACCAUACCUAUCAUUCACGGAUGAGGUCGACCUGGUGUCAAUGUGUACGACAAAGAUAGAAAGAAAGUAAUGGUACUUGGAAUAUUUGCUCUCACAUGAGCCCAGCUAUUUCCACAGUACCUACGUGAGCGAAAUGGAGAAAAACAUCUCAUGAAAUUAUUGAUCAUAAUCAAAUAAUUGCGAGUUAAAGAUGCCAACAAAAAGGUAUAGAAGCAAAGAAGCGGCCGCUUUUCAUUCAUAUAUUGCUGUUUAGUCAUGUAGUGUAUACGAAAGGCUUCACAAAUGUCGGGUGAGAUAUUUGAUUAAGAAAAAAGAAAAUAAUAUAAUGGAAACAAAUCCUUAAUUUUCUUGUUCAUGUUACAAAAACAUAUAGGAACGACAAUAAAAACAAAUUGCCUGCAAGAGAAAAAGUGGUCAAUAUUAUAAAAACAUUGAUCGAUCAGAAACCUUCUCAAAUUUCCUUUGAAAGACUUCACAUUUGUUUCAGACUUGACCUUAUCUGAUAAAUUAUUGAAAAUUUUUAAUACCAAAUAAUUGUAAUUAACUUUUUAUUCAUUACUAGAACAACUACAACGGGAAGAUCAGGAAUGUUACAAAAACUUUCUUCGCUACUGAUGCAAAUCGCUCGAUUCAGCCCUUCGUUUGUUGUGAGACAUGAGGAUGCACAUUGUCGUGGUGCAAUCUUACGCUUUGCAGAGUUUCCCCCUACGAUAAUUUUGGAUUGCCCAUGUCAACUUUUUCAGAAGCCUCGGGAAUUUUAACCGCCUGUUCCCAGAUCGUGAAACGCCGAUCUUCGAGCAAGAUUUCCUCAAUCUUCGCCAUAACUUCCUCGGAGAUUGACGGUCUCCCGCUUGAAUGAUUAUACACGUUUCCCAUAUACUCAACUGGCGAUAAAUUUGUGUGGGUGAUAAAUUAUUUGCGUACAAAACUCGGAUGACAGCAUGAAUUUCGCACCUGUCGGCGACGGCGAUGAAGGGCUCCAUUGCGCAUGGCUGUCAGGCCGGUACUGAGAGUCGCCAUUAUGCGCUUCUUGUUAGGAUUGGUGAUGCCAGAUUCCGCCAAGCAUCACGCGCGACGAAGUUACAGCGCUGGUAACCUUAUUUUUGAAACAACCCUCGUAAGUGUUGAACACUUCUCUCUCGUACACAUUGAAACUCGGCAGACCUCAACCGUAAAUGAUUCGCACUGUAUGUAGUUUCAUUUAGCGGCCUGACAAACAUGGAGGAUUAUGAGCUUGACUACAACAUGAUAAAUUGAGGCUUGAUUUACAAAAACAACAUAUGUCCAAAAUACAAACUUUUCAGGAAACAGAAAAAAACGAUUUAUUUCAAAACUAAUAAUUUUCUUGAAUACUUUUUUAUUAAUUACUGUUAAUAAUAGCUUAAAAAAUAUGCUGUUCACUAAAAACAUAUGUGUGCUUAAGUAAUCAGAAACAUCCUUUUUUGUACUAGAUGGUGUCACUAACUUAAUUUCGUUAAAUUUGGACUCAAUUUCAGAUAUUACAUUAAAGCUAUAGAUGUUUCAAGAAAGUUAAUGGGGUCAACUAUCAAAGUUUCUAUACCACUGUUCUUUGAAUCAUGAAAACUGUGUAUGUACAUAUGUGUUAUGCUGUUCGCGGAGAUACAAUCUUCUUUUUCAAUGUCGGAAUUAUAACAUGUAUCUCAGUUAGGAAAAAUGUUAGGGUCCAUGUUUGUAGGAUUUUUUUUUUGUUACUUUUGAAUGUACUCUCCUGUUUUUUGAAAAAAUACUUAUUUGAACCAUUGAAAUUGUGCAUUCGAAUACGUUUUCAGUUGUGUUUCUAGGUUUUAUAGAGAACAAUUUUAGUUAUAUUUCACAUAUAUUCCUCUUUUUCAUAUCAAUUUUAUCAUCAGAUAUUUUAGCGCCUGUGCUACUGAUUACACCCAGAAACAGUGAUCUCAUACAUUAUUAGUUUAUUGUAAAUAACUUACGAAAAAUAAUAAAUAUAUUUAUACGAUAUAUUUAUUCUAGUGAGAAGUUGAGAGAAUGUAGCUAUGUGACAAUUCUCAAGCAGUUUCAAGGUGCCAUUCAGAUGGACGUAGCGUGAACAUGGAUAUAAAAAGCAUAAUAUACUUGUUUUCAAUACCUUCAGCAUUCGACGCUUGUUUGGGCCUGCUAUGAACUUCUUGGCCUGUGUAUUUCAAAAGUUCGAACUCUAUUAUUUUGUAAAACUAACGUAGUGAUUUAAUCUAUUAUGUUGAUUGCUCAAUUUUCGAACUUUAUUCUCAAUGUCAUUUUCCCAUAUUUCAUCCUUCAAUCAUACCUCAUAUUUUAACUCAGUUGGCUUUGAAUUAAGUGUGAUUCAGGAAAUACUGCUCGGCCUUUUUAGGACUGCACACAUCUUUUAAGCAAAAGAAAUUUUACCAUUUUUAAAGCUAACCUGCGAACGACGACGCGACCUCGAUGGUUUUAACGUUUGCACUAAUUUAUUUUAGAUUAUUCGUUUGUUUCUGUCUCAGAAUGUCAUGACAUAGCACGCUUCAAAUGUCUAAAUAAGACAAGUGGUUAAAAAGCACAGUAUUUCUUGAAUUCUUCAUAUUUCAAAGACGUAUAAUUGAAGUACGUCUUUUUUCAUAUACGUAUAUGUAUCAUGUAUACAAAGCGCAAAAAUAAAUUUCCAAGUAAAAUAUCUUGAAAUCGUAUCAUAUUGAUUCAUUUAACAUAACUAUUCAUAGUUUGAAUUACUCUCUUUACCCAGUUGUAUCUGGAAAUUGUAAUUUAAACAUAUUUUUCAUCAUAUCUCGCCAUAACGAUAAGAUAUGCAGGUUUCGCCAUUUUAUAGGAUUUUUUAUGCUCCUUCCGAGCAAUAUUACGUAAAAAAGUACACCGUUGUAUUUGAAAUUUUCGAAAGAACUAAAAAAACAGUGACAUGCAUAAAACGCUAUCUGGUGAUGAUAAAGUGAACUAAUUUGACAUUCAACCCUUCCCUCUCCGUAAACGAAGAAUAUGAAAAAAUGAUAUUGGGAAAAAAGUUCGAAUAUUUAGCAGUAGAGUUAUAUAAUCAUUAUGCAUUUUUGCAAACUAAUGGCGUUUGGUUUUUUUAGAUUGAAAAUAUGCCCUCAGAAUUCAUUUUAGGAAGCUGAAGCUUUCUGUCGUUCAGGCAUGCUAAUUUCUAUCAUCGGUUCGGAGCCUACGAAACAGCCAAAAUUUUAGUUUUAAUAUGUUGUGUUCUUCAGAGUGGCACCUUUUUCAUCUUAUCAAUUUUGUAUUUUGUAUUGUUCACACUGCCGUGAAUAAGAUCAGUCCUUAUAGUAUAUUCUUUUCUUGUUUUUCGAUGGAAUAUGGAAGAAAAUAGCUAUAACGUAUCACGUAGACAUUCUUUAAUAUUUCCGAAACACCAGAACGAUUUCUGAAUUACUGUAAGACGAUAUCUGAUCAGUAGUAAUAUUAGAUUUAGAACUGUAGUCGUCAUGCCUAAAAAACUCUGAAAUUUGUAUUGAUAACAUACUAUAAAACCAUUUCUUGAGAUAAGGGGCUACGUGGAUUAAAUCUGACAGGUGUAACUACAAUGAAAAAUGGGUAUAUUUUUACAGUUCAAAAAACUGAAGAAACACUUUGUGCCGAUGUAAUUUGUUUACGAUUAAUUUACGUAUUGACAUUUUCAGGGUUUUGUAGGAUUGGUUGAGUUCUUCAGUUGUAAGUUUAGAUCAUACAUUAAUGCAUUAUUAUUUUGUAUGCUUACAGGGUAAACAGGCAUAUGGUUCAUAUUUCAAAUAACUUUUUUCUAGUCGUUGUUUGGGUAUGAUUCCAGAAAAUUCAGAUUUGGCCUUUAUCUGAGAUAUUUGAUAUGUUAACGGAAUUUCUGGAUACGUACAUACAUCAAAAGGCAAAAAGCAGGUCAACCAAACAUUUUUUCAUAAGAAAAACUGCAAGGCAUGUUAUCUUCGAUUUUAUUCUCUGUUAAGUUCAUUAAGAACAUGGAAUGGGGAUCUGCAUAAAACCUGCAAUUGGGGAUGCACCACAAGCCUCACAACCUUAGUGGCAAGUAACAGGUGAUUUUAAGGUACUUUUUUCAAAACACAAAAUUAAAUGCAAUCAACUUCAUCGGGUUAUCCUUAUUGUAGGGAAGUAUUGUGUGGUAUGCGAAAUUCGUUAUCGCGCUUUGACAACACAUCAGAUUCUGACUGAAAUUCAGGUCUAUGAUCUUCGCUUACAUUUGGUUCCAACAAGACGGCGCGGCAUUUACGAGGUUCCUGUACAUUCUUGAAAAAAAUUUUGAGGUGCAAAAAAUCGCGGAUGGUGACGGAGAGUAUAUCGAAUCUUUUGGCUUCUAACUCCCAGUAACUCUACAUACCUAUUAGUUAUUUCACGCAUAGAUUUUCCCUCUAGAUUAAGAAUGAUAGAAAUAUUUUCAAUACCUGCAUCGAGCGCAACGAAAAUAGUAUUUGAACCUGUCUCGAGUUGGUUGCUUACAAGAUAUACUCAGCAAGGUAAUCACUGUGAUCGGACGUUAUAGGAUGGUUGCUAGGUCACAAACAUUUCUAGAUCGCUACAUUGUCUAAUGGGUGGAGACUGAUAACUAACUAUAUGGGCCUAUUUUACUGAUUUGAUCCAUGCAAUUUUUUUGAUUCACAUAUUCCUAGUUGGCUUUCCUCUAAGAGAGGCUAACUUGGCCGAGCAUAACCUCUUAUGAACUGAUGACAUUGUCAGAGCCAACCUUUAUGGCGCUAUUGGGAAGAGUACCUCUAAAUGAAUCCCCUAUCACAUGUGAACUGAAUCCUAACCCAUUUAACUGCAUUUCCGUGUAAAUUCUGGUUGGCCUCGCUACAAUAGUCGAUUCAAUACAGUUUAUGUUGCUUACUCUGCAUUGAAACGUUGUUUUUGAUACAUCACAAGUCCUUAAUGACUUUGCUCAGGUCGGAAAGUGCGAACUCGAAUUUUGACUGGCUCAAUGCUAUAAUUUUGAUUUAGUAAUGUCAAAAUUAGCAGAAAGCGGAUUCUGAUUUCCUUAAAGCUUAAAGUAUACAGUCGAGUUGAUUAAAAUUCCGGUUCAACUUCAAACAGCUAUAGUUUCUUUGCAUUAAGCAAACAUGCAGGUUGUUACUGCCAUUUUGUGAUAAAAUACUGCCCGAAAAAAUGCAACCGAAAUUCUGUUUAUAUACAGAGUGUCUCCUAAACAUGAGUCAACAUUUGAGGAUAUAUAUUCCUUGCCUUCUUCUGUCUAUGAAUUUCGUAAAACCUCUUUGUUUUCAUAUCCGAAAAUGCGUUCAGGCCUUGUAUAUUCAUAAAGCGGCUUUGUCUUAAUAAUUCUUUGAAUUUUUGCUCCGUGUUUAGGGAAGAGCCUGUAUACAGCACCUGGAAAAUCAGUGCCUUCCUCUGUAACUGUCAAAAGCUAUAUUGUGCAGAAAAAAAUAUUUUUUUGCAUUCAAGACCAAAAUUGACAUAGUCUACACUACACGAUGUAAAUAUAGCGAGUAUUAGUUAAAAUUUCAGAUCUAGCUCAAUUUUUCUAUCUAAUGUAUCAUAGCAUUUAUUAACCCAUUUUAUGUGUUUUAUAUUCAUGAGAAGUCUGAUUGAAAAUUUUGUGUAUAGAUUUAAUCUGUAUUUCUAGGUAUGAGUUGUAUUUAUAUUUACAUGAAUAAAAGCGU